GUGGAUGGGCGUGACGUGGUGAGCAAUUAGGGCUGCAGAAGCAGAGUCGGCGCUGCUGAGCUCGCUCCACAUUUUACGCAUCGCUGUCAGUCCUGUGCGCUACGAGCAAGUUUCACUGCGCGCCUUUGCUGAUCUGAACCUUCAGAGAACAUAAGGAGAAGCCACGGGAAACACUGCGGGACUGACAGGGAGCACAUGGAAACGCAAUGUAGCUGGAAAUACUGCGCUGGACUUUGUCAUAAUUUCAUUCGAGAAGAGGCGAAGUGAGAGGCGAGAAACAUGCUCACCCCGGCGCUGGCCUCUCUGCUGCCUCUUCUGAUUCUCUGUCGGAUUUCAUUCGGCCAGUACUCAAGCGACCAGUGCAGCUGGAAGGGCAGUGGUCUGACCCAUGAAGGCCACGCUAGAGACGUGGAGCAGGUGUACCUACGCUGCUCCCAAGGCUCUCUGGAGUGGCUCUAUCCAACUGGGGCCAUCAUCGUUAACCUCCGGCCCAACACGGUCUCCCCUGCUGCUGCUCGCCUCUCUGUCUGCAUUAAACCUUCCACAGACUCCAGCGGCACAAACUUCUACCUGGACCGUAAUGGCAAGCUGCGCUUGCUGUUGCAUGAGCAGGACCAGGCUCAGGGCAAGGUGCACUGCUUCAGUAUCCAGGAGGGGGCGCUCUUCAUCGAGGCUGUCCCACACAUGGACAUCAGCCGGCGGGUCACGGCAUUCCAGUACGAGCUAGUCAGCGACAGACUAGGAGCAGAGGCACGUUCACUGGGCGCACCCUGUCAGCCCUGCAGCGAUGCGGAGAUGCUUCUAGCAGUCUGCACCAGUGACUUUGUGGCACGGGGCAGCAUUAAGAAGGUGGAGCAGGAAGAGGAGCACUCGUCUGUUACUGUGGAGAUCAGCCGCCUCUACAGACAGAAGACCCAGGUCUUUGUAUCUGGUGGUGUGAGGGUACGGAGCUGGAUCGGCCGCAUCAAGAUGCCCCUCCAGUGCGGGGUGAGAGCUGGUACGGGUGAGUUCCUCUUCACUGGGGCAGUGAGGUUUGGGGAGGCAUGGAUGGGCUGCGCUCCACGCUACAAAGACUUCUUGCGAUUAUAUCAUGAGGCACAGCAGCAGGGAGCCAACCCCUGUCAAGUGGACACUGACUGAUCAAGCUACCUGCCCCAGCUUGGAAACGACAAAGAUUCUCAGUGCAUGGGGAGGAGAGCUGAACCAAAUGUUCAUGCUGAGGAGAGAAAAGACUGACAGACAGGCCUAGAGGCAGAGCUUUUCUCCUUUCCUGCUCUCUCGUGACUCUAUGGAGACAAAGAAUGGAGCUCCUGAAUGUUGCCAAGCAGCAUGCUAACUGGACUCUGUUCUCAAAGUGGAACGUGAUGCAAAGCAGAGUGUGCUUGGAUCGGCUUUUUGCAGAUGAGGAACUCCGAGGUUUAAAAUGUAGCAGACCCUGUUUGGUUUUUGUGUAUAAAAUGUGAAUGAACACUGUAUAUUUUGAAGCUCUGUGUGCUUUAUAAAAAGCACAAUGUACAGUUCCGAAGGUAUUUCUUGUGACAGAAAUGUAUAAAGUGAAAGCCUCUUAUUUUUAUUUUGUUUAUAAAAAAAGAUUUGCAAGUCAGUGCCUGAAUUCUUGUGCUUUUCAGGCUGUGAAAUUUUUUAAAAAAGCAAACUGUCUUUUUUUGCCCUUGAGAAUAAAAG